GCCGCCCGCUUCUCUGCCGGCUGGUGUGCUAUUGUUUCUCUGCGGGCAUCAGGUGACUCGCUCUGGAGCUGCUGCAACACUCUGACUCGUGAUGCACAUACUGAAAUUGGAGAUGAGAGGGAAAUCAAGUUAUGUUUCAUCCUGGUUAGUGGCAAUACUAAAUCAAUAGAAGAUGGAAGAGGUUGAAAGCAGAAGAUCUAAAUCAUCUUCAGGACUGCUUCCAGAAUGGAGUUUGGCUUUCUGGACUCUGUGCUCAGUGAUGGUGCCAGUCAUGAUCACUUUGUGGUGCAGUUUUCGGCGAUCUCGGAGGCAAGGACUUGUGCAGGAUAUCUUGCAUAAAAGCAAGCAUGAUUGGCAAGGCAUAGACUUCUUUAGUCAGCCUACCUAUUGCUGCAUCUGCACUCAGCACAUUCUCCAAGGAGCUUUCUGCAAUUGCUGCGGGCUGCGUGUCGAUGAAGAGUGUCUGAAGAAAGCAGAUGGUCAUUUCCUGUGCAAGGAAAUUGUGACAAGGGGCCACGGUGGGAGUCUGACUUCUAUGGUGCACCACUGGAUCCGAGGCAACGUCCCGCUGUGUAGCUACUGUGUUGUGUGCAAACUACAAUGUGGUACUCAACCCAAGCUCUGCGAUUACAGGUGUGUUUGGUGCCAGCAAACUGUACAUGAUGAUUGUAUGCAGAACUCUUUGAAGAAUGAGAAGUGUGAACUGGGAGAGUUUCACAACCUCAUUAUCCCCCCAUAUUACUUGCUCAAUGCCAGUCAGAUGCGUAAAGAUAAACGAGUGAACUAUGACAAGCUAUCUGCUUCCUAUGGGAAAAAUUGGACCCCAGUAAUAAUUCUGGUUAAUACUCGGAGUGGAAACAAUAUGGGGGAAACACUGAUGGGGCAACUCAAGAUUUUAUUAAAUCCAAUUCAGGUAUUUGACCUGACCAAAACAACUCCAGCAAAAGCACUCCAGCUUUGCACCUGGCUGCCUUGCAAUUCUGCCAGAGUCCUCAUCUGUGGUGGAGAUGGCACGGUGGGCUGGGUCUUGGAUGCAAUUGACGACAUGAAAAUAAAGGGACAAGAAAAGUAUAUCCCUCGGGUUGCAAUUUUACCCCUGGGCACAGGUAAUGACCUAUCAAACACCCUGGGCUGGGGUGCUGGCUAUGCUGGAGAGGUUCCAGUGGAACAAAUUUUACACAACAUCAUGGAUGCAGAUGGAAUCAAGUUGGACAGGUGGAAGGUUCAGGUAACAAACAAAGGAUACUACAACUUAAGGAAAUUAAAGGUAUUCACAAUGAAUAACUAUUUUUCUGUAGGGCCAGAUGCUCUCAUGGCUUUAAACUUUCAUACACAUCGUGAGAAGACUCCAUCUCUUUUUACCAGCAGAAUUAUUAACAAGGCUGUGUAUUUUUUUUAUGGAACCAAAGAUUGCUUAGUUCAGGAAUGUAAGGAUCUAAACAAAAAGAUUGAGCUAGAGUUGGAUGGAGAGAAGAUCGACCUGCCCAGUUUGGAAGGGAUCAUAGUGCUAAAUAUUGCCUACUGGGGAGGUGGCUGUCGACUGUGGGAAGGAAUGGGGGAUGAGCUUUAUCCUCUGGCAAGGCAUGAUGAUGGACUACUGGAAGUUGUUGGAGUCAAUGGCUCUUUUCACUGUGCACAAAUUCAAGUGAAGCUUGCAAAUCCUGUCCGGCUGGGACAGGCCCAUACUGUGAGGUUGAUCUUGAAGAACUCAAAGAUGCCAAUGCAAGUGGAUGGGGAACCCUGGGCACAAGGCCCUUGCACCAUCACUAUUACUCACAAGACCCAUGCACUGAUGCUCUAUCACUCAGGUGAACAGACAGAUGAUGAUGUGUCCAGUGUAUCUGAACAGGAGCUGACAAAAGAUCAAACUGAUGAAGACACAUAGGUCUUGAUCCAGUUUGGCCUGCUUACUAGUAAUGGUAGUUCAGCAUGGCUUUUGCUGAAAAACUUUGCACUAUGAUCCUGGCUCUCACAGAGGCUGUGUCAUCUCUGCUUUUACAAAUGGCACAGGGUGUCCAAAAAUCUGAGCCAAGUUCAGCAGUCAUUCCUGCUUUGAUAUAUAGCGUCAAGCAGAAGAAAUGACAGGGUGGAGGAACCUUUCAUGGUAACUUUUUACUGACUACUCUUCCCUAGUUCCUGAAAAGUUAUGUAUAGUCCUGUGUAAUAGUUACCAGGUUUGUAAUCUGAGGCUUGAAGGACAUGGAAUAACUCUGCAAAGUCAUUUGGGGGAUCAUACCAUCCUCGUGCAAACUUAGCACUGCCUGAUCAGGAAUAUUACAUGGGGUCAAACGCUCCUUUUCUCUCCCCUCCUCCCCUCUCUUGUCAUACAUUCCUUUUUCUUUCAGAGCCUAACAUGGUGCAAUGCCAGGACCUUUUUCUUUUUUUUUGGGCUGUCUUUUCAGAAUGGAAGGGUGGGGAGAAUUUGCAUGAAAAAAAGAAAUCUUCAUAAGCCUACAGAGCUCUCCUGAUGGGGCAAAAACUGUCUGCACUAGGUUCAUAGUCAGCUUUGCAUUCAAUUUUGCUGAAUAAGUAUUACCUAGAGCUCCUUGGUGACAAACAUGCCACAGGCCACACCAGUUGAUAUUCUUACCUUCCUGGGUGCUGAAUUGA